AAUGUCUUUUUAAAGGAGAGGCAAGUAAUGACAAUAAUGGUGUCAUUGCAAUUGUUAUUGGAAGUAUUUUUGGAAUAAUAUUUUUUGGCAUUAUUCUUAUAGUGCUAGUAACUUUUGUCUGUUGGAAACAUAAAACUCAUUCUAAAGAAUUUGAGAUUAGUAAAAGAACAAGUCAAGAUGUCAGUAACGUAGAGCCAAAGAAUACAGUAAAUUAUGUAGAUGUAGAGUGUCCAGAUUCUAAUGCACCAGCAAAACCUCCUCCUCUUGAAAUCAGCAAAACUGUUUAUUCUACAAUACUCCCAGCGAACAACCAGGCCCAGCAUGAUGAAGAGUAUUCAAGGUUAAACCACACGUCUAUUCAAGAAUCCUCUCAAGGUCCUAGUGACUAUUCUACACUUGAGGGGCAACAGGAUCAAACUGGUUCAAUGCUGUAUGAUACAGUUACUGAUAGGCCUAUUCAAGGCAUGAGUGUAGACCAGUCAAUGAAUUGGAACGUGAAGUUACUCACUUGUGAUGAUACCUCUCCAUCGCUCGCUCCUCCUCCUUCAUCUCUUAAUACAUCAUCACCAUCAAAAGUGACAAUAGAUCUACCUUCACCAGACUCACAAUCAGACACUGGAUUAAUAUUGAGAGAUAAUAGUAAUUCAUCAGUACAACCACAGACUACAAGAUCCUCAUUGAGACCUACACCUGUGCUAUCAGCAUGGGCUGCAGUGAAUCAGUUAGCAUCAUUACCUGUAGCUGAUGAAUUAUCCCCUCCACCAUCCUAUGAGUCAGCACUCAAUAUAGCAACUGAGCCAUUUGAUAGACCACAGAGUGUUAUAAUACCUUCAAGGCUGAACGUUUCAUCAGAAGCUACUCCACCUCUUUCAGCAAGACUAAUUGAUGGUAGUGAAUAUGCUCAGUUGGACUUCCCUUCCUCCCCUCUCCCUCCUCCUCCUCUUUAUAAUGAUGAGAAUUGUUGGUAUAAUCCUCGACCUGUUACUAUGGUUAAUAGUCCACCAGUUAUUAAUGGAGUGCAAUAUUCAACAGUAUAUACAACUAAUAAUAUAAGAACUGGUUUUAAUAGAAUAACACUCAAUCAUUCACUUGUGUAAUAAUAAAGUAUUGUAUAAUGAU